AUGGAGGCUCGUACCUCUAUCAGUGAUACUUAUAAUGUGCAACCAGCUCGCAACAGAUCCCUAAAAAUAUUUGCUUUAAAUAUAUUAAAAUACCUCCCAGAGGAUAUUCUUCGUGAAGAACCAGAUUUUUCGUCAUUUAAAACGAACGAAGCUAUUCCUGAUAAUGGGCCGUGCGGAGAUUGCGAUAUGUCUAUUUUUUCAGAAGAUCCGCCUAGAUCGCUCGUUAUAAAUAAUCAGAAUCCAGCUUCUGUGCCUCCUCCAACAAUCAUGCAAUAUGUCCGAGUACCUUUUACACCUUAG